AUGUCCAGCCAAGUCCUGCUAUCAGCAAAAGAUGCCAGAAACUCUGCAUUCGAUAAAGUCCUCCAUGGCGGCUCGUCCGAGUCCCGAGGCGGCCUGCGAGCCAUGAUGGGCAAAGAUCGAGAGGCCAACGAAGCCGCUGUCAAGGAAUACUUCCAGCACUGGGAUAACAAAAGUGCCCAAGAUGAGACUGAAGCCGUAAGACAGGCUCGCACAGAUGAUUAUGCCACUAUUACCAGACAAUACUACAACAUUGCUACUGAUUUUUACGAAAACGCCUGGGGCGAAUCCUUCCACUUCUGCCGCUUUGCUCAAGGAGAAGGAUUUUCUCAGGCCAUCGCUCGACAUGAACACCUCCUCGCAGCGCAUACUGGUCUCAAAAAGGGCAUGAAGGUCCUAGAUGUGGGUUGUGGAGUUGGCGGUCCAGCCAGAGAAAUGGUUAGAUUCACAGGCUGUCACGUCACUGGCCUCAAUAUCAAUGAAUAUCAAGUUGAGCGAGCGAAAAUCUACGCCAAGAAGGAAGGUCUAGCCGAUAAACUGGACUUUGUCCAAGGCGACUUCAUGAAAAUGCCAUUCCCAGAUAACUCCUUCGACGCAGUCUACGUAAUCGAAGCGACAUGUCACGCCCCCUCCCUGGCAGGCGUAUACCGCGAAAUGCACCGCGUCCUCAAACCAGGAGGCACGUUCGGCGUCUACGAGUGGCUCAUGACAGAGGCAUACGACAACAACAACCUCGACCACCGCCGCAUACGGCUAGAUAUCGAACAAGGCGAUGGCAUACCCCAAAUGUUCAAAGUAUCAGAAGGACUGGCAGCUAUUCAAGAAGCUGGAUUUGAGCUGCUGUACCAUGAGGACCUUGCUGCUACGGAUACAGGCUCCGCGCCGUGGUACUGGCCGCUCGGUACGGAUUUGCGGUACGCGCAGAACGUUUGGGAUGCGUUGACGGUUUUGAGGAUGAAUCGGUGGGGGAGGGUUGUUGCGCAUGCGUUUUUGCAUGUUCUGGAGGUGGUGAGGGUUGCGCCGGCGGGGACGAGGAAGACGGCGGAGAGUUUGGGUAGGGCGGCGGAUGCGUUGGUUGAGGGGGGGAGGAGGAAGUUGUUUACGCCUAUGUAUUUGAUGGUUGGGAAGAAGUCGGACGUUUGA